AUGAAUUCGAGCCAACAGAAAGUAAUUGCACAGCUCAACUCGAACUGGAUCUGGGUGCCAGAUUGGGUUGAUUCGUGUACGGAGAACACUGCUGGUAGGAUCGUAGCGUUCAUUCGCCAUAUUCAGCUUCCUUCGAUUCCCAAGACAGGGGUGCUUCACAUCUCGGCCGAUACCCGAUAUAAGUUGUUCAUCAACAACCAGCGCGUGUCCAUUGGACCCAGUCGUGGCAGUCCAUACCUCUGGUAUUACGACCGCCUCGAUAUCGCCGGUCACCUACGCGAAGGCCGCAAUGAAAUCCGUGUCGAGGUCCUACGGUACUUUGCGGCCAACAGAGCAGCAAUGCCGUUUGGUCGGACAAAUUUCCCUGGGUUGACUAUUUACGGAGCCAUUGACGCUGGUGGUCAGGAGUUGAAGAUAACGUCAGGGGACGUGAGGGAAUGGCGUGCUCAAGUACACGAUGAGAUCGCGUUCCCUACAGGGAUCAUUGACGAUGGUUUUCUUCACAUCUACGAAAGAGUCUCAGUCCAGCCAUCGAAGGGCGCAGUCACUCCAGUGGCCUAUUCGUUCAAGACGCUCAAUGGGGAUCUACUCCCGUGGAGGUUACAGCCACGCGUUAUACCAAUGCCAGAGGAGUCACCAGCUACAUUCGGCUCCAUUCGCCGAUGCGAAAGUCAUCAGCCGAUCGAUGGCUGGUUGCAGCACUUCUUGAACGGGAAUGCUCUACAAUUGGACGCCGGCUCCACACAUUCAAUAGACCUACAAGCAGAUGUUCACUCGACAGCGUUCGUGCGAUGGCAAUUUCGAUCUACGGCUGAAAGUAGUCUACACAUCAAGAUAAUUUACUCUGAGGGAUUCGAGCUGGAGCCUAGAUCAUAUCCUUUCUUUCGAAGCAAGGGAGAUCGCCUCCAGAGCGAGAACGGUCACAUUCUUGGACCAUUCGAUGAAGUGGACCUAAUUGUCAAGCCUGGUCAAGAUGUCAAUUACCAACCUUUCUGGUUCCGCACUUUUCGCAUUAUCAGGAUUGAGAUUGCGGUUGGCCCAGCGCCAGUCGAGCUCGUGUCUUUUACCGCGACGCAGACCAACUAUUCCCUCCAAGUGAAGGCAACUUGGGAGCAGCCUCACGCCCCUGAGACCAGUCAGAUGUGGGAUGUCUCAAUUCGAACAUUGCAAAAUUGCAUGUUCGAUGGCUACUCAGACUGCCCCUUUUACGAACAGCUUCAAUACAGUAUGGAUAGCCGAGCAGUCGGCUUGUUCCAUUACCUGCUCUCUGGUGACGAUCGACUCAUGCGGCAAGCAAUCACUCAUUUCGCAUCUUCGACAACAGUUGAAGGCUUGCCACAGUCUCGCUUCCCAUCGCACGUCAACCAACUAAUCGCUGCAUUCCCUCUCUACUGGAUUUUGGAGAUCUGUGAUCACCAUCUGUACUUCGGAGACAUUGCAUUCACACGCUCUAUGAUGCCACGCAUUGACGGCGUGCUCGAAUUUUUCAGGAGAUACACCGACGAGCGCGGCCUCGUCAGCGGACUGCCCGACGACCUCUGGCAAUUUGUCGACUGGGUCACGACAUGGCAUGCCACUGACGAGCACCCGGACAAGGGCGUUCCAACAUCUGGGCGCAAGACAAACUGCCACACAUAUUUCAGCAUGGUGCUGGCAUAUGUUCUUCGCGAAGCGGCCUCACUGGCUGUACAAAUCGGGAGGCCUGGCUUUGCGGAGGAGUAUAAUGGUCGUGCGCAGUCGCUGUGCAAGGCUGUGCGGAAGCACUGCUAUGACGGGUCUUACUUCACUGAUUCGACUGCCGACGUUGCUGACGAUCUGUCCUACUCUCAACACUGCCAGGUCUGGGCCAUUCUCUCCGGCGCAGCGAGCAGAGAAGACUACUCGCGGCUGACCAAAGACGCAUUCUCCGGGAACUCGCCAAUCAACUUCUCGAAAUGCUCGUACAUGAUGAGAUUCUACGCCCUUCGUGCCUUUGCUAUGGCGGGAGAUCACGUCUACGAGCAACAAUGGAAAACUACUUGGGAUCCCUGGAAAAAGAUGCUCCAAAACAACUUGACUACAUGGGAGGAAGACGAUGUCAGACAGCGAUCUGAUUGCCAUGCCUGGGGUAGUCUGCCGAUCUACGAGUUUUGUACUGAGCUGGCAGGCGUAAAAGUACUCGCCCCAGGGGCAACGAAGAUCUUGUUCAAGCCAAGGCUUCGGCUGGCUCCUGAAAUUCGUGCUCGCAUAUGCCUAGGAAAAGACAAUCUUGCGACGGUGCAGUGGAAGCAGAGUCCAGAUGGCCAGUCUAUGGAAGUUGGAUUGAAGCUGCAGAAGGCUAUAGAAAUAGACAGCCAAUUGCCUGGCGGAGGGAUUGUUGAGUAUGGCACGACUGACAACCUGUCUUUGUGGUGGAAGAUUGAUAAACCCGUGGAACAGUCUUGA